AUGUCGCGCUCCAACGUCAUUGUUCUUGACAAUGGUACCGGUUACACCAAGAUGGGUUUCGCCGGCAACUCGGAUCCAUCGUUCGUGUUUCCCACCGCCAUCGCAACGCGAACCACAGCAGCUGGCUCAUCUGGCGGAGGUGGCUCGCGUCCUUCGGUACCAUCCAAACCGGGCGGACUUUCUUCGUCCUCCUCUCUCGCCUCGAAACGUGGAAUCGAAGAUCUCGACUUUUUCAUCGGCGACGAAGCCUACGCCAACGCAAAAACCUACCAGGUCGACCAACCCAUCCGUCACGGUCUUAUCGAGAACUGGGAUCACAUGGAACGCUUCUGGGAACAAUGCAUCUUCAAGUAUCUGCGUGCCGAACCCGAAGAUCACUACUUUAUGCUCACCGAACCUCCGCUCAAUCCUCCAGAGAAUCGAGAGAACACGGCCGAGAUCAUGUUUGAAUCGUUCAACAUCAAGGGUCUCUACAUUGCCGUACAGGCCGUAUUGGCGUUGGCAGCGUCGUGGACGAGCAACAAGGUGACCGAUCGAACACUGACAGGUACCGUCAUCGACUCAGGCGACGGUGUAACGCACGUGAUCCCUGUCGCCGAAGGCUACGUCAUCGGUUCCGCCAUCAAACACAUCCCCAUCGCCGGGCGAGACAUCACCUACUUUGUGCAGCAGCUGCUGCGCGAACGUGGCGAAGCGGCCAACAUCCCCCCCGAGGACUCGAGAAGGGUGGCCGAAAAGAUCAAGGAAGACUACUCGUACGUGUGCCAGGACAUUGUGCGCGAAUUCCGCCGUUACGACGAAGACCCGUACAAGUACUUUGAACGCUUCCAGGGCGAGCACACGGUGACAGGCAGAAAGUACUCGGUCGAUGUGGGCUACGAGAGGUUUUUGGCACCUGAGAUCUUUUUCAAUCCAGAAAUCGCAUCUUCGGAUUUCCUCACGCCGUUGCCCGAAGUGGUCGACGGCGUGAUCCAGCAGUCGCCCAUCGACGUGCGUAGAGGUCUGUACAAGAACAUUGUGCUCUCAGGUGGCAGCACCAUGUUCCAACACUUUGGCCAAAGGCUCAAGAAGGAUCUGCGCGCUAUUGUCGAUCAGCGUCUCGCGGCUAGCGAAAACGCAAGCGGCAGCCUGAUGCGCUCCAGCGGUCUCGAGGUCAACGUCAUCAGUCACAAGAUGCAGCGCUACGCAGUAUGGUAUGGCGGCUCACUCUUGGGUAGCCUCCCAGACUUUUACAGUUAUUGCUACAACAAGCAGGAUUACGAGGAGCACGGCCCGUCGAUUGUUAGAAAGUUUAGUGUCUUUGGCAGUGUCUAG